AUGGACUUUGAAGUAGUAUAUGCAAUUCAUCCAUUUGAAGCCGAAAAUGAUGAUGAGGUUCCUUUUGAAUUUGGUGAACCGAUCAUCGUUUUGGAAAAAGAUGAAUUAUAUGGGGAUGGUUGGUGGCAGGGAAAAAAUAUUCAUGGGAAAGUUGGCCUUUUUCCAAUGAAUCAUACUAGUUAUAGUAAACCCAUUCCAGGGCAACUGGAAUCCACUAAUAAUAGUUUUUAUAGUCAGAUGGUUGCAACUCCUAAUAAUGUAUUAAAUUUGGAUGAUUCAAAAUUGGACAUUCCUUCACCCCCCUUUAGAAUGCCUACACCUUCUAUAGAGGAAACGAUUGAUGAUAUACAAAAUAAAUUGAGAAAAAUGAGUUUAAAAUCUGAUGAAAACCAAUUACAAUUAAAUCAAAAUAAUAAUGAAUCACGACAAUAUUCAUGGUCUCCAAGGAAUAGUCGUCGUAGUAAAUUAUUUUUUUCAUCAGCAUCAUCAAGAUCUGUUAGUAGUAUUGGUAGUUUAACAUCUUCUAAUCGACAAUCUACUGAAAGUACAAAAAGAUUUAACAGAAAAUCUCCUUCUGAUCCAAUUCCGACUGUAACUCCUAAUGAAUUAAUUUCACCGAGACAAACUAUUUUAAUAAAAGAUCACCCAUCAACUUGGGAUGUAAGACAAGUUUGUCGGUGGUUAGAUGAGGUGGGUUUUGGUUCUGAGAUAAAUAAUUUUAUUGAAUUAAAUGUAGCUUCAUUUGGAAAACGUGUACAUAUAAUGAAUGCCAUAAACGCACUUAAAGCUAAAUAUUCAAUUGGUUCUGAUCCCGAUGAUGACGUAUCAGAUCUUGACGAGUAUUCCAAUUCAGUUUAUGUCCCAAAUUCUGUUUAUCGUUUUCAAUCAAAUUAUAAUUCUAGUAGCCCUGUGUUAGGUAGAAUUGCUGGUAAUCCUGACUUUAGACAAUUCCCUGGUCUUCCGGGUUCACCUAGGAAUUCUGCUACUAGUCCUCGAAAUAAUCCUACUAUUCCUCGCAAUAUUCCUACUAGUCCUCGCAAUAAUCCUACUAGUCCUCGCAAUAAUCCUACUUAUUAUAAUCAAAAACGUAUUGAAGAUAUUGAUUAUUCAAAUAUUGAAACGGUUAAUAAAUCUAAAAAAAAUAAAAUUUUGUCAAAAUGGAAUUCUUUAAAAAAGUCUAAUAAAGAUAAGAAAUAUAAACCUCGAACAAAUUCUGAUGUUGGAUAUAAUAAUGAAAAUAUUCAAGUGGAAGAUCAUACAUUUAAGAAUAAUUUUAAUGAUGGUGAUUUUCGAUCAAAUUCUCCAAGUUUUGAAAAAAAUCGAAAAUCAAGAUUUAGUCAAAAGAAGUAUUCUCCGUCUUUCGACUCCAGUAGACCUGGAAGUCCUUCUUAUACAAGUAAAUGGGAAGCCAUUGAAGAUUUAAGUAUCAUGGAUGUAGAAGUAUUGAAAUCAAUUGGAGAACCUGAUUAUGAGGGAUGGCUUAAAAAACAAGGAGAUAAAUAUAAAACAUGGAAAUCUCGUUAUUUUAUAUUGAAAGGUGCAGACCUCUAUUAUCUCAAAAACAAUAAGGAUAUUCAACGUCCUAAAUUAAAAGGUCAUAUUGAUUUAACAGGAUAUCGUAUUAUAACUGAUGAGAAUAUAUUUCUUGGAAAAUAUGGAUUUAAGAUAGUUCAUGAUGUACUUCGAACUCAUUAUUUUGCGCAUGACGACGUUGACUUAAUGAGAGGAUGGAUAAAGGCAAUGAUGAAAGCUACGAUAUCUCGAGAUUAUAAUGCACCAGUAAUCAGUUCAAGUAAUAUAAAUACUAUUUCAUUAGCUGAUGCUCGUAAAAUGUCACCAAGACCACCACAACCUCGACGUACAUCACUAUCGGCAACUGCAAUAAUAUCAAAAAUAGAAUCACCAGUACUUCUUCCCGCUUCACCUCAUGUUAAAGAAAAUUCGAACCCUUACAUAACAACUAUAGGAUCAUUAUCAACAACUUAUAUUGAGAAUACACCUGCGUAUCCAACAAUGAGUCCUUAUAAUGUUAAUCAUAUUUAA